UUCAAGCUUCCUACUGCGAUGGUUCCACGACUAAGUCCUAGCGCAGGACAUCUGCCGUGACAAUUCCACGACAUCCCGGGCCCCCUAAUUGCUGGAGACGGCCCUGCUCGUUGCACAAAUCUUGAGAUGAGAAAAAUUGGCAUGCUAGAAAAAAAAUGAUUGCCCUGGAUACAGAGAGAAACUGCCACGUCGGUCAAUAAAAAAUUACCAUCCUAUAAUAUAAAGAUUAUCAUGUGCUACAAGAUAAAGAUUUGCCAUGCCGCAAGUAGAGAAUUGUCAUGCUACAUGAUAGAGAUUUGCCAUGAGUUCAUGAGACAGGUAGAGAAUUACCAUGGUGCGUGCUUGUCAUGUCUUGUUUUAGGGAAAAAAAAGUUGCCAUUUUGUAACACACAUAGUUGCCAUGUGCGGAAAAGCUACAACGCACAUAAAUUGCCGUGCUAUAGCGCUAGCAAUGUGCAAAAACUUAAAAACGCAGAAUUUGCAAUGCUAUAACUGACUGACAUAGUUGCCAUGUGCAAAACCCUAAAAAAGCAUAAUUUAUCAUACUAUAAUGACCACUUGUUGAAGAUUAGGAACAAAUAAAAAAAAAGAUAAAAUCAGGCCGUUCGCUCUGAGUGGUGUGCACAACGAAACAUUCAGUCAUUCUCUUUAUCAUUUCUAGAGGGGGUGAAGGGAGCCAACGCUUUGUAGUACCGAAAUCACCGCUCAUACACGCGCCCACGGGAAAGGAAUGUUCUAGCGGCACAGAGGCGGUACCGAAAAACGAUAAGGAGACGAGGGCAGUUUGAUUUUCCAUACUCGAUGUGUCCGUACGACAGAAGCGACGUCGCCACAAACCAAGACGAUCGAGACUGGUAUUUUGUUCCUUUCGUCCGUGCACUGAACCGAGGAGAUGUCACCUGAAAAGCGCCAACUCGUGUAUAUAUGUCAGGCGUGAGGUCACCCGACGAAUUCAACGUGCGUGCGUACGGCCAACCCGGCUCGCUCUCCCAUGCAGCCGCCUCUCGCUUCCUGUCUAUAUAUAACCUUCCGCGCGCCAUGCCACUCAUCGAUCGAACUUGACCAGCUAGCACGAGCGAAGCUUGAGCUCGAGUGUCAUCAUCAUGAGGCCGUCGAUCGUGCUGUUCGGCGACUCCAUCACGGAGGAGUCGUUCGGGGAGGGCGGGUGGGGCGCGCACCUGGCGAACCACUACUCCCGCUCCGGCGACGUCGUCCUCCGGGGCUACAGCGGCUACAACACGCGCUGGGCGUCCCUGGUGGCCGACCGCGCGUUCUCCGCCAUCCCGGCGUCGGCGGCCGUCGCCGCCGUCACCGUCUUCUUCGGCGCCAACGACGCGUCGCUCCCCGACCGCGCCAGCGCGUUCCAGCACGUGCCGCUCCCGGAGUACCGGGACAACCUGCGCGCCAUCUGCGCGCUGCUCCGCGCGCGCUGGCCGUCGGCGGCGCUCAUCCUCGUCACGCCGCCCCCCGUCGACGAGCGCGGCCGCGUCCGGUUCCCGCGCAACGGGGACGCGUCCGGCCUGCCCGAGCGGACCAACGAGGCGGCCGGCCGGUACGCGCGGGCGUGCGUGGAGGUGGCGCGCCAGCGCGGGCUCCGGGCCAUCGACCUCUGGUCCCGGAUGCAGGAGUUCCCCGGGUGGGAGACGGCGUUCCUCAGGGACGGGCUGCACCUCACUCCGACCGGCAACCGGCUUCUGUUCGAGGAGGUGGUGUUCGCGCUGAGGGACGCCAACCUCAGCCUGGAGGCGCUCCCCGCCGACCUGCCGCUCUGCAGCGACAUCGACCCGGACAACGCCGUCAGGUGCUUCGAGGAGGAGUGAGACCAUGCUGAGGAUAAGGUUCAGAAUUGAUGGAUAUCGGUCGAUGCCGCCCAUGAAAUUGUUUUUUUGUUUGUUUGUUUCUUUUUUGUUUACAUUAUUUGUUUUGUCCAUUCAUGUUGUACGAGAUUGUCACGGCAGUUUGUUGGCUGCAUUCGUUAUUUGUUCCGCAAUGCGGAACAAAUAUAUGGGAUUGAAUUCGUUUCAUCCGGGAGUGCUGCGGCGAAACAUUGCAUGCCGAGGGAUUCUGUCGUAUUUUUAACACGGUAGAUACGCGAACGUUCACAUACACUUACCUUAUGGACACAUGCAUGCAUACACAUGCUGCUAUCCUUAGAGUACACUUUCGAUAGACAAAUCGAUAUUUUAUCUUGAGAUUGACGAAAUCGUCAUAGACGUCUUCAUAGUUGUCAGAAUUUCUCAUCCCACUAAAUGCAUAUCGUUAGAAAACCUGAAAUAAAUCUAAAAAAUGAUAGCACCAAUGUUUUUCUUUUUUGAUAAAAGAAGGGUAGGCCCUUCCGAUUUCCAUUACUAGAAACCAAGCAUCCAACACGAGAUGUCUGCGACUAAAAAGGAAAAAAGGAAAAACAAGCAUGCUUCUCCCCGUGCCUCUAGACUCCAGAAGAAGCUGCCACAACGAGUUAUCAGACUCCAGACUAUAACACGUAGAUGAGACUUAUUACAGACCAAACGAGCCACAAAAGCACAACCAAAUGCUGAAGAAGAAGGUAUACUAGUACGCAACAGAGCAAAUAGCAGAGAGAAGAACAGCAGCGCCUUCCAGAAAUCAGUUCUCCGGCCGCAGCAUGUUAAAUCUCCACCCUUGCGCAGCCCUGUAUACUUCCCUUGCUACUUGCUCUAAUAGUUUUGCCCCGAGCUCCAACACCUCUUUGUUUGGCUCCUUUGUGUGCAAUAUAGACUAGUCACGAAUCCAGUGGCAUGUUAGUCUGACAAUAGUCAUAGGAUCAAUAAUGUUUUUUCUGUUAAAAAUGAUGCUAUUUCUGCAUUUCCAAAUCGACCACAGCAAAGCCACAAUCCCCACUAAGACCAUCUUCUUAUCUUCCUUGCAGAAGUUUUGAAUCCAGUCCCCUAAGCAUUCCUCAAUUGAGAAUGGGGUUGUUCUCAGACCGACCACGCAGCUGAUUAUGUCCCAAAUCACUGAAGCAGCGGCACAAGAGAAAAACAUGUGAUCCCCUUUUUCCUCCUUACAAGGAUCCGAGUCUACUGCAACAAAAUCGGUCGUCGCAAUACAUGCCGAUUUAUGACGAUAAGUACCUAUUGCCACGAAACAACAUUCGUUGGCAGCCGUUGCGACUGGACGCAUGGUAAUAGAUUAUUGCCAUAAAAAACAAUCAUGGCAAUAAAGUCUGCUAUUGCAACAACCAUGUGGGAAGUUGUCACAUGUUUUCCCGUGGCAACACUCACCUGAUGCCACAAUUUGCUUUGUGGAGAUAGCUUUAAUGCAACGUGUAACGAAUCAUGGCGACUGAUAGCUCAUGGCGAUAGACAUUUGUGGCAACAACCUAUGCCAACGCCGCUCGUUUUGUGGCGCAUGCUCUUCCGUGGGAAUAGUCAAUUGUGGCAAUAAACUGUGGCAACAAUCUUUGUUUUUGAGGUAUUAGGCAUUUUGCCACGAACCACUACACUUGUGGCAUUAACUUAUGGCAACAAAUAUUCCAGUCGUCAUAACAGAAAAUUGCAACAUACUAGUUUUGGUGGUGAUAAAUAGGUAUCACAACGGGUGAAAUGUUUGUUGCGAGAAACUAUUGUGACAAUUUAAACUUUUCGUGGUGCUAACAUGUGGCAACCGAAAGUGGGUUGUGGUAAUAGCCUAUUGCAACCAUAAAAAAAAUACGGGCAUUCAAUUACAAUAUUCAAAAUCAUACGUACAAUAUGUAGAUUCAUAAAAUUCAUAAUUCUCAUAGCAAAUAUCCAUCAAAUGAUACUCAAAUGUAAUUUAGCCAUCCUAAUUAAGGGCCAAGACUAAACUGUCUGUGAUCUAGAGUCCAGUCGAGCUAGGACUUUGGAUCCUGCAAUCAGAAAUAAAAAAAAAUAGUUCUAGUUAAUGAGUCCAACAUAACAUACACCAUACAAGCAAGGGAUUAAACCAUAAGUUUAAUUGUGAUGUGUUAUGGCCAAUGUGGCUUUACUAUACAUUGAGAUUACGAUCUACUAGUUAAUAUAAAAAAACAUUAAGGUUGCAGACGACUCGCUGGAACCAUUUGCGUCCUUGAUCUGCUAUCCCGACAGCCAAAUGCAGUAUGCUUCUCUACCUCGCGAGAGCUAGCGUCUUUGGUAUGCUAUCUUGCCUGGUUCAACUCC